CUUGGCACGAUGGCAACAAUAGCAGAACCACCGCGCGUCCGCACCCGCCGCGACGAAGCGGCCGAAGAGCUGGAGCGCGCCCUUAACGAAUCGCUCCAACCUGACUUUCUUGCGCAAAUCGUGGACGCCGAGUGGCGCAUGCGCUAUCUCGCAGUUUCGUCUCCGGCGCCGUCGCAGGACCAUCUAUCGACGGACGGAAUGAAUCAUACACUCUCAGACGAAAAUGAAACAGGAGUGGACGACGACGAUACCACUGAAGACUCGGCGGGGGAGAAUACGGACCUCACCGAGGUUCGAAUUGUCGAAUCGGCCUUCGACGACGACGUGAAUGCUUCUGUUCCAAUUUGCCACCUCCCUGAAAGAAUGUUGCAACUUGUCCUCGAGUAUUUGGAUGAAGACUCGAUCGGGCUCUUCAGCAGCACUUGCCAUCGCUUCCACGCCGUCGCCCGAACGGAUUUGGUUUGGGCCAUGAUGUGCCAUCGGGUUUUUUCCAUCCAGGCCAAGGGACGCCCUGUACAGCUGCGGCGAUACAAGAGCUGGAUGCACAUGUUUUUUGCCCGGCCACGCGUCAAGUACCAUGGGUUUUACGUAUUGCGUCUGUCGUACUACAAGAAACCCGAGAUCAAUAUGUGGUCGGAUUUGCCAAAAAAUGCCAUCCUCCAGGCGAUCUACUAUCGAUACUUUUGCUUUCACCGGAACGGUACAGUGUUGUACGCGAUGACGCAUCGCCACCCCCGCGAGAUGGGCGAAGCGUUCCGCACGCGAUCCAAGGACGUGUGGGAAGGCACGUACUCGUUCCACCAAGGCCAAUUGCACGUCGUGGCGCAUGUGGGCCAUAGCAUUGUGCAGUUCAAAUUUCGCGUCACAAGCCGAUGGCGCGCGCCCAACACCCGCCUCGUCCUUCAAACUCACGCGAUCUACAGCCCCAACGACACUGCACUGCGGCACCCGCAUGAGUUUGACACGGCCGACGAAGAGUUCAAUUACAGACGGCACUGGAAACUCUGAUGUCAUUGAUAAGGGGCUAUCGAGACAUCAUGCCUGUGAUUGAGAAGCAUUCACUUUCGGUCCUUCGACAUCAUUGUGACUAACUGGUACUGGAGCAACAUGCUGAAUCGAGCGGAUCUCGUCACAAAGGGCUAGUUUGAUCCAUCCCCGACACCGUUGUCAACUUGCUCUGCAGCAGGCGCCGCUCGCUCUUAGCAAUUUCAAAACCGGCGUCAUCUCGCUGCGAUAUCUGUGGUGUGGGCGAUGAGAGCGCCGUGUCCCACAGACCUGGAAUUGCGACGUCCAGCGGUGAGACCCACGUGACCGUGGCGGGACCGAGGACAACAUCAGGUGUAGCAAGCAUGUGACGUUCAACAAGAAGCAAUCCGAACUCGGUGGUCUAGUUACUGCAAUCAAUCCUUCUAACGCGUGUACAUCAACCCCCACGUCU